AUAAAUGCUGGAUCCAUGGAGACCGGACGGAGGCACCAUCUAGUCCAGAACAGCAUAACUACACUUACCAACACAGCGGAGUUGAGGGAGCAUCUGAAGAAGAACACUACAAGAUGUGCUACAAGGUGGAGUGCGACAAGUGCGGCAAGUUCACCUGGAAGGGAUGUGGCCAACACGUCAAGUCCGUCUACGACGGCAUCGAGAAAGGGAAGCACUGCACCUGCAAGGAGUGGCCAGGUGUCGACGUCAAGGCAGAAGGAUCGACUUCGACCACCAAAGAAGGUGACGCAAAGGCCUGAAUUCAUGCACCCGUAUCGCUAGUUCUGCAACUAUUGGACUGAAGGAGCUUGCAGUUUCGAAUAAAGCUAGCUUGCCGCUGCUAUAAUAUGCUUGUAGUUGUACCUACUUCUUCGGUGAAGUGUGGUUCCAAUACUCUAGUAAUGUAUUCCGUAGUUAAUUGAUAACAUUAUCUUGGCUGGAGAUACGAAUCA